UGCCGCGCGCGGUUUGCGACGUUACGAAAUUAAAGUUCGCGAGUCAGGUUUCGUCUAACAAGCGUGCGGUGGCUAUUGAAGUGGGCUAAUAAUGGCCUUCUCAGGAAGAUAUUUACUAACAGUAGCAACCGUGUGGGGCUGGUCUCUCGUUUUGGCCCAAUAUUACAGCAUAAACCUGGGAACUGCCGAUGAAACACUUCUUGCCCAACCAGUUCCUUCUCCUCCCAGUGGAGGACUGACACAGGAAGUGCGGCCAAAAAUAACUCCGCUAGAUGCGAUGAUAGAUAAAACAAACCAUCUCGGUUUUCGGAUUUUGUAUUUUCACUCGAAAGGAAAUAAAAACAACAUCGCCUUCUCGCCAUGUGCGCUUUCGAGUAUCCUGGUAGCUCUGUACGAAGGCGCCGAUGGUAAAAGUGCAGCCGAAAUACACGAGACACUCGUGUUUCCUUACGAUAAAGAUAUUUUACGAGUUGGUUAUCGAGAUAUCCAUCGGAGGUUGCGAAGUUAUUUCUACCGCAAGGAGAACUUGCUCAGUGGACUUAGCUUAAGCAGUGAGAACAUCACCAUACGCCCUGAAUACGAAUCUGUCCUCAAAUUCUAUGGUUACGAUUUGGAGAACAUCCCGGAGAUGAAAAUGCAAACGACUACCCCGGUUCCAACAUCUGCCGGAUCGACGAGUUCGGAAAUGUUCACCAGUGACUACGAAAUAACAUCGAGCAGCGAGGAGGAUAAAGUCACAACCGAACCCACUACAACCACCAUCGACCUAUAUAUGGGCUCUGCUGGAGAGGAGGAGCAGGAGGAGGAAGAGGAGGAAGCGCAAGAAACAACUACGGAGGCAGAUCUCUCGACAGGUGUUGAUGUGACUGAAUCAACGUCUGCUGCUACGGAAGAAGAAACCGCUACUGAGACUGAAGGGGUUACAUCGGACGAGGCGGUGACGGAAGCCACCACUGAAGAACCGACUGAAGCGACACCGGCCGAGGAAUCUGCCGAAGGCGGAGAGAAACGUCGUCGAAAUCUGAGGAAGCGUGGUCAGAAAUCGAAGCCAACAACAACAACACAACGACAGCAACUGCAACGAAAAAGAAUCCUACGAAGCAAGCGAAGUCCGGAGGAAAUCGAUCUCAUCAGUCAUCAACGUUUUCUGCAAAACUUUUUACUCCAAGAUGUGACGACUUCUUCACCGUUUGCAGCAUUCCCUGCCUUCUCGGAGCGUACCAGCCAGUUUCAGCAAGAUCGGCUUCUCGAUGACACUAUCGAACAUAAUUUUUACUUAAGUGAAACGGAAACAGUUAAAGUACCGUACAAAAUUUACAACACAAUACUAAAAUAUGCCUAUAUCGAUCGCCUACAAUCAACAGUAUUAGAACUUGAACUGGAUUCCGAAGACUACAAACUGAUCAUCAUCCUUCCAGACUACGAGUUUGGACUGAAUAACCUGAUGAAGCUACUGCAAAUUGGCGAGAACGUUCCGAAUCUGAGAGACAUUGUCAGGCAGAUAAGUCCAUCAUGGGUAAAAACAAUCGUACCCAAGUUCAAUUUAAAGGGAAACAUAAUUCUAACCAGCGAUCUCCAAAACAUGGGCAUCAACGACAUCUUCGAGCCAACGCGUGCCGACUUCACACCCAUGACGGAAGAUACGCUAAUCUACGCGAAGCAUAUCGAACAGUCGAUCAACAUCAACAUUCGCACGCAAUCGCUGCAGCAGCUAAAAAGAUUCACAUCGCUGUACAAAAAUCCCAUCGAACUGGCUAUCAACUAUCCUUUCCUGUUUUGCAUAAUGGACAAAGAGAUGGACUUAGCGUUGAUAACCGGUCGGAUACUGAAUCCACUAAACUCACGGAUCCACUAAUUAACUACAAUGUUUUCAAGUACCGAAAUAUAGCUAGAUUGAACGUUUUUCAGGAACUUUAUGAAAUAACAUAAAAACUUACGUCUAAUUAACAGCCCGCUGCAGCAUCAACAGUCCCAUCUCACUGGCCCGCUUUUGAGUGUCAAGACAAUGGCUACACGUGGAGUUAAAGCUAUCACAGUACUGAAAAAGCUCAACCAUUUAACAGUAAAAUAAAACCAAU